AUGAGGGACCCCCUAGCCUCAGGAUUGGGGACCCGCUGCAUCCCAGCGCAGGUGGCCUUUCUGCAGGGUGAGCGCAAGGGGCAGGAGAACCUCAAGACGGACCUGGUGCGCCGCAUCAAGAUGCUGGAAUAUGCCCUGAAACAGGAGAGGUCCAAGUACCACAAGCUAAAAUUCGGCACCGAGCUGACACCAGGGGAGAAGAAACCAGAGGGGACAGAGCCGGUGUCCAACGGCCCCACGGAGGUGACAUCGUUGGAGGGUGGCCCACUGGCCUGGAAGGAGGGACGGCAGCUGCUGCGGCAGUACCUGGAAGAAGUGGGGUACAGUGACACCAUCCUGGACAUGCGGUCGCGCCGGGUUCGCUCACUGCUGGGUCGCGGUCCCCCGACCUCCCCGGCUCCUGGAAGCCCCCCAACCGCAGACUCCCUCCUGGUGCGGCGGAUCGAGGAGCAGAUCCAGAGGAAUGCUGGGAAGGAGACGGAGGAGCGGGGGGGCGGGGGGUGCCUGGAGCAGGUCCCCUUUCCGCCCAGUGGUGAGGAUGAGGACAGUGACGAGGAUGAGGAUGCUGAGACCCUUCCUCCCUCCACCCAGCCCCAGCACAAGAAGCAGCGAGUCAAGCUCACCCCCAAACCCCUUCUGCCUGAGGUGGAGGAUGAGGAUGAUGAUGAAGACUCAGAGGAUGCCCUCAACGAGUUCGAUUUCCUGGGCUCUGGGGAGAAUGGCGCUAGGCAGCGGACCGGGGAGGGUGUGGAGCUCGAGAGCCGCCGGGGCCGGCUGCAGGGGAUGCUGGCCGACCUGCGGGAUGUGGACGGGCUCCCACCGAAACCUGCCACUGCAGGGCCACCGCGGCCUCAUGAAGGGUCUCUGGGUAUCUCCUCCGACGUCUUCAUCAUGGACAGCAUUGGUGGUGGUGCCGUCAGCCUGGGAGACCUGGCCGACCUGACUGUCACCAAUGACAACGAGCUCAGCUGUGAUCUGCCAGAGGGCCGGGAUGCCCUGAAGAAGACGUGGAGCCCCAAGUUCACCCUGCGCAGCCAUUACGAUGCCGUGCGGGGUCUGGCCUUCCACCCCGCCGAGGCUGCCCUGCUCACUGCCUCCGAGGACGGCACCCUCAAGCUCUGGAACCUCCAGAAACCCGUCGCCCCCAAAAAGAACGCGGCGCUGGACGUGGAGCCGGUGUACGCUUUCCGUGGACACAGGGGCCCGGUGCUCGCUGUUGCCAUGGGCCGUGACAGCGCCCUGUGCUGCAGCGCUGGCGUGGACGCCCGCAUCCGCUGCUGGCACCUGCCUGACCUCGACAUGGACCCCUAUGACGGCUAUGACCCUGGCGUGCUCAGUGGUGUCCUGGAGGGUCAUGGGGACGCUGUCUGGGGCCUGGCCUUCAACCCCACUGGCGACCGCCUGGCCUCCUGCUCCGCUGACGGCACUGUCCGUAUCUGGGACCCCCAGCGCGAGGACGGCGCUUGCCUCAGCACCUAUGACGCCCAGAGCGAGCAUGGUGUCCCCACCUCUGUCACCUUUUCGGCCACCCAACCUGGCCAUGCUGUAGCGGCUUUCCAGACGGGCACCGCGGUGCUCUACGACGUGGAGGUGGCUCGACCUCUUUUGGUGCUUGAGGCCCGGUCGGGUGGUGGUGGCAGCCAGAUCAACCAGGUGGUGAGCCACCCUUCACAGCCCCUCACCAUCACCGCCAGCGAUGACCGCGGCAUCCGCUUCCUCGACAACCGGACAGGUAAAGUCGUACACUCCAUGGUGGCCCACUUGGAUGCUGUCACCUGCCUGGCUGUCGAUCCCAACGGUGUCUUCCUCAUGUCCGGCAGUCACGACUGCUCGCUGCGCCUCUGGCACCUGGCUCACAAGACGUGCGUGCAAGAGCUGACGGCACACCGCAAGAAACACGAGGAAGCCGUCCACGCCGUCGCCUUCCACCCCAGCCGGGCCCUCAGUGCCAGCGCCGGCGCUGACGCCCUUGCCAAGGUCUUCGUGUGA